UACAGCUCACGCUUUUUCUGCGAUGGCCAUAGGGCGUGAGCUCUGAGGGGUAGCAGUGAGUGCCUCCAGGUCCUGUGGCAGCGUUUGGCUCCCGUGCGGUCCCUGCCCGCGUGAGUCAGAGCUGUGCGCCCAGCUCUGCGCUCCGAGGCCUGAGCGAUGUUUCAUAACGUUGCUGCUGCUUCCAUAAAAGUACAAAUACGAUGUGCAGUGCUCUCGGGCUCCUUAGGGUUUGGAACUGACGGCCAAAGGCGUUUUGUCCUGUGGCUGCAGAAAUGGAUGCAGUAAAUGAGUGUGUGCAAUUUACCGGGGCCUAUCGGCUUAUGAAUCCAUUGGAACUUUUAAUAAUGACAUCAGGAGCAUGUCCCAGGUUCCAAGUGAUCAGAUAUGUCUGGCAUAGAUAAUAUAAGCAGGGAAGCAUUUCAAAGCCGCAUAAAAGAGUUUUCAGAAGACUGUGCAAGUGUCUACAGCGUGGCAGAUUUGAAACAAUAUGAAAGAGUGACUUGUUUCAAUUUAUGUUGCCCAAAAGUCCUUCUCUGUUAAAAGAUUUACCUAGUUCCAUUCCUAAAUUAAAAUUGAGCUGGUAGCGUCUUGUCCUCAGUUCCUUUCUUCUCCAACAUAACUGUUGUUGAAACUUUUUAGUGUGUAUUAAAGUCUCAGUCAACAGCCUAGCCCUUAAAUGCUGUAUAGUUAAGCUAAUUAUAGUCUUGAAUUUUCUUGUACUAAUUUAUUUGAACCUGUAAUAUGCCAUUAAAAGUGGCCUUUCAUGUUAUUAUUCCCUAAUAAAAAGGAAAGAGGAGGAUAGGGUAAAUGCACAGCUCCCUUGGAUCACAGUAGUUUAUUGCAGGUUUUUUUCCCCACAGAACUAUUCAGCAAUCAAAAUACUGAGCUGUUGUUCUUUUGUUUGUUUUUUCAAUUACUUGAUUUUAGCUACUUAUUGUUAGUACUAGUUUAAGUUAAUCUUUUACAAAGUUAUUUUUAUGUAAAACAAAAUACAUCAGGGAUGAGUGCAUAUUUUUUCUGCUUCAAUAGCUAGAAUAAUUGGAUUUUUUUCCAGUUUGUCAAAAGACAGAAAUGAAAAGGGAGAAAUAAAGUGUAUGACAAGUCCUAUAUUUAAAAUAUUUUUCAUAAUGAUCUAAUGUUCUCAGCAUUUAAUUCUAAAGAUAUUCUUGCGUAAUGAUAACUGGAGGAUCAGAAGAAAACCAGUGCUAUGCAAACGUUUUUAGCUUUUGGGCAGGCUGUUAAAUACAUUGUGGGGUAGCUGAAGUUGUACUUGAAGUGUUUUUCAUAGCAUUUAAUGAAGAAAAUACUAGUUUCUUAUGUUUCCUGCAUCUCUUUUGUGAGUGCGAAUAUCAGAACUAGCAAUGACUGGGAGAGCAUAUAUGAGAUAUUUCUGACUUUCUCACUGAAGCCUUAGAAGUGUGUAGUGAUUGUCACACAUAUGUUUUUGAUGUACAGGUUCAAGGAUUAUGUUGUGCUAGGUGGGAGGAGUGUUCUUCAUCAGUGACUUGGACUGUUUCAAGCAUUUUUAUGGGCACAGGAACUAAGAUGGAUGAAAUGUUUCAUUGGUCAUAGCAGCAGCAGGACGAAUAAGGUGGUGUUUUUUUGCAUGCUAAUCCUGCAGAGAAACAUUGUGUCCAACAAAGUAUGCUGGGUCAGCAAAAGCAAGAAACUUGCGCUGGAAAGACAGUAUCCACAGAUAAACAGAAACCCCCUUCGGAUAUAAUACAAAGUUUUCAGAAGAAAAGUCAGUUUAGGACCAUUGCUCCAAAAAUGGUACCAAAAAUUUUAACAUCUGGAGUGGUUUCUAGCCUUCAGUCAUCUUUGCCUGAGCCAAUGGCGCCAAUUUCAGCUUCAGGUUCUAAGCCCCUGGUGGUGCCAGCUCAGAACUAUGCUGUCAUGCAGGUGGCUGCUCACAAGGGCACAUUUUCCCUGUUGGCUGUGCCGUGUGUUGCACCUGCCCUAACUCAGCAAGUUCAGCAGUCAACUGUGGCCCCCUCUGAAAACCUAAAGCUGCCCAUCCCCAGGUACCAGUCUGUAAGAAAUAAAUUGCUGAGUGACAAAAAACCAGCACAAAUCUCUGGUUUGAGUGCACAUAACAAGAAUCCUGCCAAAGCACUGAUCUCAUCACAGACUUCCCCCAUGACUACUCUACCUGAAGACUGCCCUGAAGCUCAUUGUGGUUCAGACUCAGCUGAGCAAGGGAUGAUGGCAGACUGUGACUCAGCUGAAAUUGGAGUUGCCACAUUCGUGAUUAAAAGCAAUUACGUGGAAUCUAGAUCUCUUUUAAUGAACAAAACUAAAAUUGCUAGCACUAAUAUUUCUGGACCAUCUGUAGUUGAAGACUCUCUAUCCAAGCCAGCAAGUACAACUAAUUCCAUGAAACUAAGUCUACACUCUGUGAAGACAGCAUCGGAAACCACAAGAGAGUCGCUCCUGACAUCUGAGAAACUAAAGGAAAAACCUACAAAUUCUGCAAAUCCUGUUGCUGUCUUGUCACCGGCGGUUUUUGGCAGUACAAUUCAGAUGACUCCAUCAGCACCGAAAGGAAAACUUCCUAUUUUGCCUUACUCCAGAAUGAAAAAUUCAGUGUUCUGUAAAUCUAAGCAGAAUAUCAAUGUUAUGGACAUACCUGGUCAUUCACUAAAAUCUGAAUGUGAAAAGAUACCAUCUUUGAUGAAAACCAAAGCCUUUGAUAAGCAGUUAGGUGUAUCAUUUACACAAGUCCCCAAACAAUCCAUUCGAGAAAACACCACCUCUCCGUCUAGCAAAGAGGAUGAUGUCGACAGCCUGAAAAAAUUGAGCAGUGCAACCUCUAAAAGAAGAGGCAGGAAAAAAAGAGCCCCGGAAGAUUUAUUGGCUUUUCAGGCCAAGCGAAGGAAAUGCAUCAUUAAUAAGUUUAGAGAAGGAAGAGAGAGGGCAAAGGUUGAUAUUCAGACACCUGAAGACAAUAAAGCAGAAGCAGUGAAAAAGUACCGCAGUAUCAGACCAAAACCCGUGGUCGUUGUGCAGGCGCUCGCACCGCUGGCUCCUGCAGCAGUCGUAGAGACGCCGUCUCGUGAGCAGGACUCAUUUUUAAACGGUUCACUCACCAGUAAAUGUCUAAGUUCCAAGCACACUGAUGCUACAUCAGCUAAAUCAAGUGAUCUAAGCAGAAAUACAUGUUCAGCUGUCCCUAAGCCGCUGCACAGAUGCCAUGUUUGCAACCAUACGUUCCAGUUCAAGCACCAUCUCCAGGACCACAUGAACACACACACGAGCAGGCGGCCCUACAGCUGCAGGAUCUGCAGGAAGGCAUAUAUCCAUUCUGGGAGCCUGAGCACCCAUAUGAAGCUUCAUCACAAUGAAGGCAAAUCCAAAAAGCUGGUGUGCUGUGAAUUCUGUGCUAAAGUUUUUGGCCAUGCCAAAGUGUACUUUGGCCACCUCAGAGAAGUCCACAGGGUUGUUAUCAGCACAGAGCCCUACACUAGUGAGCAACAGGUGCAAGAUACUUUAAAGAAGAGAGACAGGAAUAUAAAAGAGGCAGAAGAAGCUGCAGAGAGGGGAAACAAGUGCAAUUUUGAGGACCUGUUCCAUAACCCGGGAGGAGUGAAAUUACAGGUCAAAUGUGGUCGAUGCCAGUUUAUUGCAGAGUCUUUUGGUGAAAUGAAGUUUCACUUAUUGUGCUGUCAUGGAGAAGAGAUUCAGGGAAGAGUGAAGGAAGGGGUUUUGCAAGGAAGCAGAGGAACAAAGGGGAAACUGGUCAAACAUACAACCCACGUGUGGAAACAGCACAACGAGAGAAGACAUUUAGCAAAGUGCAGUGCCCGUCAGGAGGAGCUGUAUAAUGUUCCAAAACCAAAGAGACAGAUGUACUUCCACCAUCAAAAUGAUGUCAAUCUUGUACCUAAAAGUGAACCAACCCAGUCAGGAAGUAGUGAAACCUCUAAGGAGUUGCAAAAUGUGGGGUUUGGCACACAAAGGAAAAAAAUAGAAUUUUGGUCUAAAGCAGGCUAUAACUGCAUUUUAUGCAAACAAUUAUUUGGAAGAAAAGAGGAUCUUUGUAAUCAUUGGCAGAGUCAUCAUAAUUGUGAAGACCCUUCUACUUUAUGGACAAUUUUUACUUUGAUAUCAAAACAAGGAAUUAUUGAACUUUCUGAUAGUGGUGAAUAUUGAGGCUCAACUCUAUAAUGCUAUGAAAAACAUUAACUACCUUACCAAAUUGUUCUUUCACUGUCUUGCUAAACUAACUCAACAGAUGCAUCACUUAAAAGGUUUGUUAGUUGGGUUUGUAGGGGAUUUUUUAAAAAGCCAUAUUAACCCUUAUUUUGGUGACUAGAAAAUGUGUUUACUCUGUGUCAUUCCAGAUGGGUACAUGGAAGCUGAUUAUAAAUCCUUGUACUUAAAAUUCAUGCUUAAGGAACUUUAUAACAGCAAAUACUCAAUACUAAUGAUUAACCUCAAUGAAAUAUAUUUGCAAAUUAUACUGUACACACAGAAAUAAAUCAAUUUAUAUGAAGUAAUCUCAGUCUUAAAUUAAAUUAAAAACCUGAGUGGAAGUCAGGUCCCAACUAUGCUCCCAGAUUUUGUGGUAAAUGUGCAGUUCUCUCAAUCACUUAAAUGUGCAUACAUGCAGCCAGCACUCAGGAGCUUUGUAGUCUAUAAUUUAAGAACUUCUGAUUCUUGUUUUCUUGAUUUCAGUGUCUUCAAAAAUGUUCAUUGCUUGCAGGUGUUUUUGGUGUUCAGUUCUGUCCUGGUAACAGCAAAGAGAUUUGUGUUUUAGAAGUAAAAGCUUCACAUGUAUUUUUAUGCCUGUAGCUUUUUGGGUUGAAGAUGAGUUGCCACCCAUUGAGAUGGAGCACAGCACAUCUCCAAGGGGACAGGUCCUGUCAGGCUGUAAGAUGGUAGAGUUCUGGAGCUUGGCUUUGAUGAAAAGGUCAUUGAAACCAUUGAAUCCAAUUUGAAAUUGAUGUUUAAACUGCUUAAAGCCUUAUGUUCCUCUGAAUUAUUUUGGGAGCAAUAAUGGAGGCAAGUCUAAGAAUCACCACAUCAUUCUCCAGCAGAAGUCAGAGCACGUCAGAGGGCAAGCUGAAAAACACACCAGUAGUGUCCCUACAGUACUACUCUAUUCAUUCCUUCUUGUGGUCAGCUGUAAUGGAGGGAUUCCAAUGAUAAAAGAGUCAUUCCUAAAAUGGCCUGGGUUGCCUCUCACUGUUUUGCAAAAAUUAUGGUGAUGAAAACAUGAGAAGAGAUCUAAAAAUGUUGAGCUUUCUGAGUGGGAUUCCACAAACUGUUGCAAUAUUUUGUGUAUGUGUUUUGUUUUUAAACAGUAAAGGCAGUUUUGAUGACCUAAUAGUUUUGAAUGUGAUUUCUUGUUGUGUGGUGCUUUGCCCUGAAGUUGAACUGUAAGGUAGGAAUCAAGAAUAACAAAAAGCAAAAAGAAAAUGCCCUGGAACUGUAUUUUCCCAUGGAUUUUCAAAACUUUCUUCCUACUAUCUGUUGCUAUAAAUUCAGAUUUGUAGCUGUUUCUUUGCUUUCAUAUAUUGGGUAUUUUAUGCUGAAUUACCUUAAAAGUAUUACUUGUUCUUAUUCUCGACACAUUCAUCUUUUAAUGUUACAAUAUAUUAUACAUUAUUUAUAAUGUUACAAUAUAUUCAUAUUUAUUUUCACUGGCAUAUUAGGACAGGAACAGCUGUUUUUAAAGUCAGUGUUUAGUAUCAGACCGAGGCUGUAUUUAACUUAGUAGAGUGUGUUGCAUUUAGCAGCAUUUUUUGCCCCUGCAACUUAAUCCUUUGACUUUAAAAAUCAAACAGCAGGGGGUUUUUCUUGAAACAGAAAUGUGAGAACAAUCCCUCCUUCCCAUAGUUACACUGUGUCAAAGGGAAGUUCAUUCCCAGCAUAAAGCAUGCAUUUUAUGAGUUGGGAAAAACCAUUUAAAAGUUUUGAUCGUGGUCUUUUUUUAGAAUGAACGUUAACUCACCCAUCCCAAGGUAUAGUUUAAAAUGACCUGACAUAAGUUCAGUACUGAGACAGAGUCCCUUCUGUUCAGGAACAGCAGCAGCCAUGGCAGAGUGGCCCUUUAAAAUUAUUUUCAAAAGGUGUUUGUUAAAAACAGUGGUGCAUCAGAGCCAGUGAUGUAGAUGGUUUGUUUGGGGGGGUCAUCAGGCAAGAGGUGCACUUUCCCUGGAGGGGGAGCUGCAGUGAUGGGAGGAAGGGGCUGGAAUGAGGGAGUCAGUUGCAAUUUCUUUAGUAUAAAUUUUCAUGUGCAAUCUUCUCGUAUUUUGUACUUCUCUCCCUUUCUCCAGGCCAAAUGGGUAAAGGAGUCUCAGCUUUCAGCAGUUCAAAACCUGAAAACAUGUUUUAAAGCAUGGUUCUAAGCCACUUCUCAGUGUCCUCAUAAAUGUUUAAAAUUAGAAGCCUUUUUUUUUUUUAUGAGCCUGAAAGCAUUCUUAUGUUUCAGGCUAUUACAAUUAUGGUAGAUUGUGAAAGGUUGGGGUUUUUUGAAAAUAGCUUUGCAUUAAAUACAGAUGUGUCCUUUGUUUAAAAUGUGUUUGUUUGGCAUUUGUGUUCAUUUUGAUAAGAUUUGGAGGCCCAAAGUGAGUCUUAUAUACUGCAACA